AUGACAGUUACUCAAAUCCCAAUCUGGUUGGACUGUGAUCCAGGCCAUGAUGAUAUGAUUGCAAUUUUGUUAUCAUGUUUCCAUCCAAAUUUCAAACUUUUAGGUAUCUCUACAACUUUUGGUAACUCAUCAUGUGAGAAUACAACAAACAACACAUUAUCAAUUUUAACCAAGUUCCAAAAGACAGGUAUCCCAGUGUAUCAAGGAUGGAAAGUUCCAUUGAUCAAGAAACCAAGUUUUGCUCCUAGUAUUCAUGGGAAAUCUGGAUUAGCUGGUACCGAACUUCCAACUCCUCAAACCUCAAUAGAAAAUCCAAGUAGAGAUGAUAAAGAACAAAUUGAACAAUUCUACUCAUAUUUGAAGACACAGGUGGAGAAAUAUGAAAAUGAGAUAUCAAUAGUUGCAACAGGUCCAUUAACAAACAUUGGUAAUUUUUUCCAAAAAUAUCCAGAUCUUAAAGAAAAAGUCAAAUUUGUUUCAAUAAUGGGUGGCGGUAUCGAAAUAUCGAAUUGGAAAGCUGGUGAAUUCAACAUUUGGUGUGAUCCUCAUAGUGCAAAUUUCAUAUUUCAAGAUCCUAUUAUUGCACCAAAGACCAUUUUAUUACCUAUUGAUGUUACGCAUACUGCAAUUUUGUCAGAAUCUGUGGAAAAACGAAUUUUGAAUGAGCCAAAUACAACUCCAUUGAGAAAAAUGUUGUAUGAAUUAAUGGUUUUCUUCAAAGAUACGUAUGUGAAAGAGCAAGGUUUUGUUGAUGGUCCGCCAAUUCAUGAUCCCUUAGCUGUUAUUGUGCUACUAGAAGAAUAUGGUGUUGAAAACAUGGGAAUUGAGAGCAUUAGAUAUCAACUAGAUACAGUUGAAGAAGGUGAACUUGAAGGGAAAUUGGAGUAUAAACCUAAUGAUCGCGGUGUUAAAGUUGUUACAAAGUUGGAUAUUGAGAAGUUUUGGGAAAUCAUUCUGAAAGUAAUUACCAUUGCGGAUGGUGACCAUGCCGUUGAGUGUUGA